AUGCAGCGAUGGCAAUCGCGCAUCAAGACAGGCAAGAAGGCUGACAAGCGGCACAAGCGGCACCCGCUCGUGCUUGAAGAGCCUUCGCGGCUUGCGCUUGUAGUGGAGGAGAACGAGAGCGUCGUCAUCCGCGACAAGAAGUCGGGCGCGAUCGUCAUGGUAGUUAUGCGGAACUUCUGCAACGACGACGAGGUUGUGCAGUACGCAGACGGAGUCACACAGGAGGCGACUGAUAUGAGAAAAUCGGGCAGGCUGGAGGAUCCAGGGAAGCUCGUUCUCCUCGGCUACACUGCAGGUGCUCGGAGCCACCCCAAGUUCGACUGGUCGAAGAAUCUGCGGUCGACGCGGCAUACCGCAGAGUUCAUCAAAGAGCACAACUUUCAUCUUUCCUCUGUCUUCGCACUCUUUUGGAACCUCCUUCUGUCGCAUCUUCCUGACGAGGUGCUGGAGCCUUUUGAAACUUAUCUGGCCGAGAAUCAGAUGUGCCGGAUGGAUGGCAAUGGAGCAAAGGAGCGGAAGGCACAAGGUAUCUAUAUGGUCGAGCGGGGUAGCGAGUGCGUUGAGUUCAACGACGCCGAACUGGCACCACCUUCAGGCGUCGCUGGUUGCAACUACGCUCGGCAAGUACCUCUACUAUCCCAGAAAUGGGCCUUCUCGUGGACGACGUCGCGCCGCGAGGGCAUGACCGGAGGGAGCUUCUACGAGGCGAUCUUCGGCAUCAAGGUCUUGCAAGCACCUAACACCAUGGUCGCUUGGAUGCCUGAGCACGACCAUGGUACGAGCCUGCUCGAUUGGAGUCCCGACAAGAAGGACGAUGUCCCGCCGUUUGCCCAGGCUGGCAUUGCGCUGGUGACGAGCACCCGGCUCGCCAGCACAUGGAAGAAGUACCUUGCUGAGCACGAUUUUGAAGAAGCGGAGAGAGAGUGGGUUGCAAGCAUGGAGGCUGAUGUUGAGGAGAAGUGCGGGGACGAGCUUUGCACCUUCUGCCUGGAUGAUGGUUAUGAAUGUACCGAUGAUUUGUGCCCGAUCUGUGUCCUUUAA